GCCGCCUCCAACGCCGCGAGUAGGAAGCUCGAGCGCUGGGCGCCGAGCUGUCAGUGAGCGUUGGGCCAGCGAGCGAGUGAGCGGCUCCGGCUCUGCUCCGCGCCGCGCCGGCCCGCCGCGCCUCCUCGCGGGGACCUCGCCACCUGCCCGCCGCCCCGCCCCGCCCCCGCCCACCCCGGCCCGCCCGGGCUGCUGCUGCUCCCCGGCGGAGGCGAGAGGUGGCUGGGGGGGACCAUGGCUGACGUUUUCCCGGCCAACGACUCCACGGCGUCUCAGGACGUGGCCAACCGCUUCGCCCGCAAAGGGGCGCUGAGACAGAAGAACGUGCACGAGGUGAAGGACCACAAAUUCAUCGCCCGCUUCUUCAAGCAGCCCACCUUCUGCAGCCACUGCACCGACUUCAUCUGGGGGUUUGGGAAACAAGGCUUCCAGUGCCAAGUUUGCUGUUUUGUGGUUCACAAGAGGUGCCAUGAGUUUGUUACUUUUUCUUGUCCGGGUGCAGAUAAGGGACCUGACACUGAUGACCCCAGGAGCAAGCACAAGUUUAAAAUCCACACAUAUGGAAGUCCCACCUUCUGUGAUCACUGUGGGUCACUGCUGUACGGACUUAUCCACCAGGGAAUGAAAUGCGACACCUGCGACAUGAAUGUUCACAAGCAGUGUGUAAUAAAUGUCCCCAGCCUCUGUGGAAUGGAUCACACAGAGAAGAGGGGGAGGAUUUACCUGAAGGCUGAGGUCACUGAUGAGAAACUCCAUGUUACAGUACGAGAUGCAAAAAAUCUAAUCCCUAUGGAUCCAAAUGGACUUUCAGAUCCUUAUGUGAAGCUGAAACUUAUUCCUGAUCCCAAGAAUGAAAGCAAACAGAAAACCAAAACCAUCCGCUCCACACUGAACCCCCAGUGGAACGAGUCCUUCACAUUCAAAUUAAAACCUUCAGACAAAGACCGACGACUGUCUGUAGAGAUCUGGGAUUGGGAUCGAACUACAAGGAACGACUUCAUGGGAUCCCUCUCCUUUGGAGUGUCAGAGCUCAUGAAGAUGCCAGCCAGUGGAUGGUACAAGUUGCUUAACCAAGAGGAAGGUGAGUACUACAACGUGCCCAUUCCAGAAGGGGACGAAGAAGGCAACAUGGAGCUCAGGCAGAAAUUUGAGAAAGCCAAGCUUGGCCCUGCUGGUAACAAAGUAAUUAGUCCUUCAGAAGACAGAAAACAGCCCUCCAAUAACCUUGACAGAGUGAAGCUCACAGACUUCAAUUUCCUCAUGGUGCUGGGGAAGGGGAGUUUUGGGAAGGUGAUGCUGGCCGAUAGGAAAGGAACAGAAGAACUGUACGCAAUCAAGAUCCUGAAGAAGGACGUGGUGAUUCAGGAUGAUGAUGUGGAGUGCACCAUGGUGGAAAAGCGGGUCCUGGCCCUGCUCGAUAAGCCCCCGUUUCUGACACAGCUGCACUCCUGCUUCCAGACCGUGGAUCGGCUUUACUUUGUCAUGGAAUACGUCAACGGUGGGGACCUCAUGUACCACAUUCAGCAAGUAGGGAAAUUUAAGGAGCCACAAGCAGUAUUCUAUGCAGCAGAGAUUUCCAUUGGAUUGUUCUUUCUUCAUAAAAGAGGAAUCAUCUAUAGGGAUCUGAAGUUAGAUAAUGUCAUGCUGGAUUCAGAAGGACAUAUCAAAAUUGCUGACUUUGGGAUGUGCAAGGAGCACAUGAUGGAUGGAGUCACGACCAGGACCUUCUGUGGGACACCAGAUUACAUCGCCCCAGAGAUAAUUGCGUACCAGCCAUAUGGAAAGUCUGUGGACUGGUGGGCCUAUGGCGUCCUGUUGUAUGAAAUGCUAGCUGGACAGCCUCCAUUUGACGGUGAGGAUGAAGAUGAACUGUUUCAGUCUAUAAUGGAGCACAACGUUUCCUAUCCCAAAUCCUUGUCCAAGGAAGCCGUUUCCAUCUGCAAAGGACUGAUGACCAAACACCCAGCCAAGCGGCUGGGCUGUGGGCCUGAAGGGGAGAGAGAUGUGAGAGAGCAUGCCUUCUUCCGGAGGAUUGACUGGGAGAAGCUGGAGAACAGAGAGAUCCAGCCGCCGUUCAAGCCCAAAGUGACUUUCUGUACCAAAAUGCACUGGCUUCAGUGGGCAUCGAGGCCUUCGUGUGGCAAAGGAGCCGAAAACUUUGACAAGUUCUUCACACGAGGGCAGCCUGUCUUAACACCACCAGAUCAGCUGGUCAUUGCUAAUAUAGACCAGUCUGAUUUUGAAGGGUUCUCAUAUGUCAACCCCCAAUUUGUGCACCCGAUCUUGCAGAGUGCAGUAUGAAACUCACCAAUGAGAGCAGAUGCUUCCCUACCCCCAACCCCCGCCUCCAGCAAUGGGAAAUUAUCCUUAAUCCUAAAAUUUGAAGGCCACGGCCUACGUCUUGUUCCACAUGGAGGCUUGAAAUCUGUAGGGUCAUUAGUUCACGUGAUCAACUUUUCAGGGUCUCUCUCUUACAACCAAGAACAUUGUCUUAGUGGAAGAUGACAUAAUGUACAGUGUCCAGUUUAAUUAUGUAGAAGUCACACCUGGCUGUAGGUUAACACUUCCUAGAAAGCAAACAGACUCUUGCCCCUUUUUGGUACGAUCUGACAUAUUCUCCAUAUCCUCCGUCUAUGGAUUUUCACCAUCAAGAUCCCCUAACCAGAGAUGUUAAAGUGAAGCUGUUCAGCUCAAUGGACUGGAAAGACCUCCACCCAAGAUGUCUUUGGAAUGAAAGAGCAAGGAGCCCAGAGAGUGAGCAUAGAGGGACUGGGGAUGGGAGAGGCUUCGCGAUGCCUACCGCUUCUGUCCUCUGCCUCAGUGGAAAAAGACCCUAGAGUCUCAAAGGCCAGGAUGAACCUAAUCACUGUUUCCAAAGAGUAGUCCAGCGGUGAAAGACAGAAAAAAGAAAAGGAAAGAAAACUACAAAUGAGAGUUGAGAGAAUCUCUCAUCUGUUGCCCUACUGAUUGAUAACUAUCUUGACACAUUCUUUUUAAGAGGCCAAAUCAUCUAAGGAUUUUGCUAAAUGAGCUUGUGAAAUCUUUCCAGAUCAAGGAUAAACCAGUGUGUAUGUAUGUCCAUUUUGAUCUCUGGGAGAUUAUUCUUCAAUCCAGGGUGCCAUCAGUAAUCACGCCACUACUCACGAGUGUUGUUAGCCAACCCCCUGCCCCUGCACACACACACACACACACACACACACACACGCACACGCACACGCGCACACACACACACACACACAUGAAUAUUUUGGUACCUAUGUUGUUACCCUUCCUAAGUAGCUGAAGUGUACACCUCGCAUCCCCCUUGGGUUUUUUUACUUAUUUAUUUAAUAGGCUGUGGUGUCAUUUAUGGAAGUACGCUGUACAGUAACUUAACAUGUUGACUCUAGCAUAAGUACCUAUUGGUUUAUUUUCCUCCUUUCUUUAGCCCUUGACAUCCACUUAGGGAUGAAAAAUAAUACAGUUUGGGUUCCCAUUUCCAGUUGUGCUGAAUGACAUACCUGGUUCUGUAGAACAGGACACUUGGAUACUUACAAGCUGAAAGAUGUUUUCUUGCUAGAAGGAUUUUAAUAUGUUUUGCAAAUGCAUCAUGCAAUGGAUUUUGCAUGUUUAUAAUAAACCUUAAUACCAAGUGAAUCUAUAUUGAUAUAAUCGUAUCAAGCAUAAAGAGAGUAUUAUAAUAAUUUUAUAAGAUACAAUUGUGCUAUAUUUGUGAAGGUUUAUGUUUCGUAUCUGCUUUUAUGAUUAAGUUUUAGUUUAAUUCUUUGCUGCUGUGCUUCCUCUUCGUCUUUCCCUGCACACUGUAUCAGAUAUAUUAAUUUUGUAAUGUAGAUCUAAUUUCAAAAAUGAAUGGCUAUUUUACAUGUUUAAUUAGGCUCUUACUAUAUAUAUCUUCAUAGAUAUCUAUAUAGGUAUAUAGAUAUAUAUUUGAUUCUACCUGCAAAUCAGUUUUGUUGGUGGGGCUUAUUUUUGAGAGGAGCCUCUCUUAGUUUUUUUAAUGUCCUCUUUCCUUGGAGUUCCUCUUCCUUUUGGGACAGUGGGAAGAGUUUGAAUCCAGUCUCUCGGUAUGUUUGUGUACAUGUAGCAUUGUCACAGCAGCUGUGCGUGUGUCUGUCUGUCCGUGUCUGCGUGUCUUGUUCUUCCUUUUAACCUGUGAUGGUCGGAGACUUGAGGGCAGCAUGGAUGGAGCAAUCCCCUUCCUGCUAUGUGUACUUGGACGCGGAAGGAUGUAGCCUUUGUGAAACAGCCCACAUGUCAGUCCCUGCGGUUUUCAGAGGCUUCACAUCUCAUCUGGCUGUUGCUCGAGCUGGUCAUCCCCAUCCUGCCAGGGGCAUGUCUUUAGCAGGAAAUCCUUCCAAUGCAUUGUCCUCAGAAGAACCAAUUUCCUGCAGCACAAAAGACAAGUCAGAAUGAAAGAAACUGUUGGUCCUUACAGAAAGCUGCUCUGUUUCCUCCCAGAGCAUCACCCAGCUAAGUGCUCCUCAUUUUUACUCUCUGGAUGUUCGCCUGAAGUUCAUACAAUGCACUUACCACAGGCCUUUGACAAAAGAGGCCUGCAUUCUACUGAAAAUCCCUGACUGGAGAUAGAAAUGGAGUAGGAAAUAGAUCAGAGCAGAAAGAGCAAUUUCUUGGGUCAUCUUUUAUGGACUUCAGACUUUAAAACUCAAAAGGGGUCCUUACACACUGAUCCCUUCAGUCCAGCUGGUCAGCUUACAUUCUAAGGGCAUGUCCUCUUCAGAACCCUCCAAUGGGAAAAAGAAUUUGUUUGUAGGAAAAGCCCAGAGACAGAAAGGUCAGUCCCCUUACUCCGGGUGGAGCAGCAACGAGACUGACCCCAGCCAAGCCCCAAGAUGUGAAGAAAGUCCCAAGAGGAACUCACGCUAUGACCAUGUCCAGUGUGCCAAGCUGCCUGCUUAUUUUAAGCAAACAGUGGGCUUGAGCUCUCCCUCCAAUAGCCAAAACACAGCUUUAAAUUAUUUCUGCUCUUCUAGGAAAUAUAUCCACCUCUCAACUCUCUUGUAUUCUUAGAGGAUGUGUGACAAUGUCUUCAAAGAAAGCACCCUGACCAUGAGGCCAGCACUCUGCUUAAGGGAAAACAGAUUGGAGAACAAAGUGGGGUGGAAUUGGGGGAUUAAUGGUAAAAAUAAGGGCCUGAGGAUGUGUUCAUAGGGUAGCCUAUUUUAUACAUCGAAUAUUAAAUUUAGAAAAAGGCUAAUACUUUAAAAAUAUGUUCAGCCCAGCCCAGAAGACUAACUCAUGUGGAUAACCAUUAACGACUGUGAGCCACAGAAAUGACUGAUAAAAUGCAAUACCAUUUUCCAAUUUCACAGACCUUGCAUGAAAUGAAACAGCAGGGAAAGGCCUGCUGUUUGGCCUUCAGCAACUCUGCUGGAGGCUAGCAUGGGGGGUGGGCUGGGGCUUGAAAGGUCCAGUCGCUGGGGACUUUAGGAAGGGUCAGGGACUACCUGCCUCUCAUCACUGCAUACAUUUCUAGGCCCUAGAGACAAGAAUUAGCACAUCUGAGUUUGUGCAGGACCCUUCAAGCUUUGACCCCCAAAGGUGUUCUACAUUGUUUUCCCUUGGAAGGUGGCUGCUACCCAGCAGCAGAACUUCUGUGGCUGUAGCCCAGUGAGCUGCAAGCUCUGCUCUUAGCAUUGUGUCCAAAGUUACCCAUUGCUUGAUUUGAGUGGAAGAAGGCAGAGUCAGGCCCAGCUCUUCCUGGAUAACAGGAGGCCUGCCUCCAAGGCAGAAGUAAUUCAAAAGGUGACUGAGAAACCCCAGGAACCAAAGUGAUCGCUCCUCUCAUCAUCCCUUUCUCUUUUAUCCCUGUGGCAUCAUUGGAGUUGCAGAAAGUGGCUUGGGGCUAAACUGGCCAGGAGACAGAGAAGAGUAGGUUUAGAGUGCAUCCAGAGAGACCCUUGCAUAAGAGGGCCAUGGGGCUUCCCAUCUGGGGACACUGGUACAGACAGAGUCACAGCUGGUCUUCAAGACUGUGCUUUUUGCCAAGGACACGGUCUGUUCCUCCUUAGGGAGUACUCCCCCUCAAUGCCACCAACAUCCUCACCAGCUGGGAGAAGCUGCACCCUUCCUUGAAAUGGUUCCCACUUCUUUGGGCAGAGCCAGACCACCUAGUGGGCCUGGGAGCCAGCUAUUGCCACCCUUUCCUGUGUGACUCCCUGCAGAGCAUUACAGCUGCCCAGGAGGGACGGAGGAGAAGUCGCAAAAACAGCUAACACUGCACUGCCCACCUGCUUCCACUUAGCAGAUGUAGGAGGCUUUUUGCUGGAAUUUGUUUUCUCAGUAUGGCAGAGGAGGGAGAGUGAGACCGUUAGGAUUUUAAAAGCCUCCGGAAAGUGACACCAUCUGACAGUCAUUUUCUCACCUUGGUCUCAUGAAGUCCUCCUUUCUUGUGUGUACACAUCACACCAUUUCUUGUUUAUAACCCCGCCAGGGCAGAAGGGCCCCACCCCCUACUGAGCACAGCAGACUGCCUGGCUUGUGAGAUGAACACUGAGCGGGGGCCCCCAAAGGAUGAAGACCAGGGAUAGCCACAGGCAGGAUACAGAAAGGCACUCUGGCUAUUAGUGGACACACAUUAACCUGGCCAGGAGUGUUGGGGAAUAUUUUAAAGUCAUUUUCCUUGAGCUGCUUGGGCUACAGUUUCUGAAAUAUACUGACCUGUCUACAGUCCCAUCAUAUUCCUUUUGAGCCAAUGCAGCAAAUCUAGGUAAUGCUGUUAGAAAACUCCAGAAAAUUAGAAAAGUUAUAUGAGUUGUAUGUGGGUGAAGGCAGACAUCCAGAAAUGAUGCUAACAAUUCUGCGACGUAGAGACUCCGGGUGGGUUCACAGAUCCCUGUGCCUCUCAUCUAUGUGAUCAGUUGUUAGUUAACAAUCAUGUAGGCCACAGACAUCAGACAGCCUUACAGUGACCCUACAAUAAUGUCCACAAGUCCCAAAGACAUUUUUUUUAUCCUAAAAGAAGAGAUUAAUUUGUUAAUUCCAAUAGAACAACAUAUUAGGGCUACUUGUACUUUUUAUAGAAAACUUUAAUAAUUCUUUUAAAAUGAGUUUUUAAAAUGAAGCUAUGACAAUUUCGUAAAAUUCCAAUCACAGUCUCAGCCUGGGUCAGCUAGAACGUGCCUGACCUGCAUUCCCACUGCAAGACUCACCCAGGUCGGUGGGCUGUAGCGUCCGCAUGAGAAUAAUUGCAAGCUCAGGUGAAACUCAGCAGGUUGAAGCUUUCUAUUUUUAAUAGACACUGGGGAUAAUUGCCUGAUGUUUAGACAUUUUCAAACUGUAGGAAAGAUGGCUGUAUUGUCCCUCUUCCAGUGCAGCCCUAGGUAGCAUGCUCUGGGUCUCUGGCAUCCUUUAUCUUGCUCUGUGAGGCUCUGUGACCACCUUUUGGUGAGAGGAUUCCCUACACCAUCCCCAGAUCUCCCAUUUGGUGAAGAUUCAGAGAUGCCCUGGGCAAUUCAGAACUACUUCAGUAUCCCAAGAAAUAACAGCAGAAAAUGUGCCUACUAGCUUGUUUCAUAGCUAUUGCAUAUGUGGGUAGACGGAAUCCUACUUUUCAGAAAACAGACAACCAGUUCACUUUAUAAGAACCUUUUUUCUUUUUUUCUAAAAUGAAACAAAGGUAGCUUUGCAUUUUCUGAUAAAACUGUGUCUUUGUCUCCUCUGCUUAACUUUAGGAGUCUGUCUUCCUGCGGUGGUUUGUAGAUUCCUGUUAAUGUUCUUUCUGGAAGAAUGUCAUUUUUUGAGAGGUUUCAGUGAACUAUUCAAAAUCACACAGGAAGGUGGUUCCUAUUUUGAGUCUAGAGAUUUUCUAAAAAUUGACCUCCUAUCCUUACUAUGAUGGUCUUUCAGGAUAUCUUUUAUAGAUGAUCAGAAACAUUUGAAGUUGGUUUUCCUGCAUAUUUUUUGUUUUUUGAAAACCCUGCCAUGUUUAAAGCACUUAUUGAAAAACACCAUCGAAGACCCCAAAUUUGUAUGGAGAGAAAAAAGCAGACAUUACAGUUUUUCCUUCUGUAUAAGGACCUAAGAACAGAACAUAGAGGCAGUUCAACUGUCAGUUAACAUUUGGUUAUAUAACAGGUGAAAUGGAUGUGUAAAUUACUGCAUUGCUUUCCUCGAUUUAUAUAACCUCUAAUCUUUGUUUGCAUGAUUUGCUUUGUUAGGUACAUUAAUUGUAGUUUGGCAGCAAGUGUGUAUGAAUAAAGAUAAUGAUCAUUCCUUA